GGCGCCUUAGAGACUAGAGUAAAGCCCUUCGCUAUCACUGAACCCACCGUGGUCGUCACUUUUGUCUAAGCUUCCACCACCGUUUCUCCCUGCACCUCCCUUCGGACAGCUCCACCUCAAGAAAACGUAAUCGGCCUCUCUGAAAUCAUCAAUAGGACUCCACUUGAGUUGUAUUGGAUAUGGAGAAUCUCAAAGCUUUUUGAGCUUCAUGCAGUCUAUAAUGAGCUGCCUUCAGAUCACUGUGCACCAGCACUGCUGCAACUUCACUAGUGUAUGUCAUCUACGUUCUGCAUCCUCAGUGCAGUGUGCGACACCAGCAUUACAGAGUGUCCAACCUCAUAAGACUUCGACAACUUUCAACUCAAACUCUUCAAGUUACCUUGGUGCAAGGCUUCCUAAGAUUGCCAAAAAGCUAAGUAUUGGUGCUUCUGGCGUUCAAAUAUCUACACCUGUCUGCUUAUUUGGUGGCAAAGGGAAAUCUGAGAAUGCUGAUGAGGGUUCUGCAUGGAAAGCUUUAGAGAAAGCCAUGAGAAAUUUUGGGAAGGAACAGUCUGCUGAGGAUGUACUACGUCAGCAGAUGCAGAAGCAAGAAUAUAUUGAUGAUGGAGGCAGUGGCGGAAGUGGUCCUGGUGGUGGUAGUGGUGGCAGUGGGGGCAAUGGUGAAUCAGAGGAUGAAAGUCUUUCAGGAAUAUUGGAUGAAUUACUCCAAGUGAUCUUCGCAGCCAUUGGCUUUGUAUUUCUGUAUAUGUUGAUUAUUGAAGGUGAGGAGAUCACUACCUUUGCAAAAGACAUCAUCAGAUUUCUCUUUACUGGCCGAAAGAGUAUUCGUCUGAGACGUUUGAUAGAUGACUGGGUGAGGUACUUCCGAAGUCUUUCAGCAACUAAAGAUGAGGAUCCAUACUGGUUGGAGCGUGCAAUUCUUGCUACCCCGACAUGGUAUGACAGCCCAACAAAGUAUAAGCGCAUGUUUAGGCGAUAUACGUCCUCCAGAUCUUAUUCAAGAUCUUAUUAGUGAAAGUAGAAUCUCGAGUUUUUUUGCUUUCUUUUGCCUGCGUUUUAUUUCUGGAUCAGGGAAAGGAGAAUCUUAUGUUUUUUGGCUUUGUUUUAUGUGUCAAGCAAAACCUUGCUGUUGACAUUCAGAUGUAGAGGCCUUACUUUGGAUUUUUUAAUUUUAUAUUUUAUAUUUUUAUCUUUAGAUAUAGUUUCAAGUUA